GGCUUUUAGCGGAGAGCGGAGAGUUUUUUAUAAUGAAGUAUGUGAUAUUAAAAAGCUUUCUUGAAUUGAAUGCUUUUCACGAUGUAUACACCACUUCUCAUCAAACAGCUCUCAUAGGAAGAUAUCAGUUUGGUUCUGUUGCAACCUAUAAAUGCAAUCCAGGGUUUAUUCUUUGGGGAAAUGCAUCCAGGGUGUGUAAUAGUGAUGGGAAUUGGGAUGGUGAAACACCGUUGUGUCAUCCGAUUACAUGCGGUCAACCCCCUCAGAUUGAAUCUGGAAGUUUUGAACUAAUAAAUGGCUCAACGACAUGGCAAUCAUUGGCGUACUAUGCAUGUAGUACAGGGUACACUAAUAGUAUCAUUG